UAUCCUACUCAGUGUUCCAUGAACACCUGAUAUCAGAUCCAACGGUGUAAGUGAAUAAUGGAAAACUAACUCAGAAUCAGACCGUCGAUUUACCAGAAAAUGCCUCCCCCACCAAAUCAAGUUCUCCCGCCACCACAAGGCUCCGUCUCUCAGUCAAUUGCCACCACUCUAUCAUCUGCUCUGCAACACUUCAUCAACUCAGAUAACCCUCCCCAUGGCCAAAAGAUCCAUACCCAUAUUCUCAAAUCUGGGUUCCGACCCAAUGUCAAUAUUUCCAUCAAACUCCUUAUCCUCCACCUCAAAUGCGGUUCAUUGGCUUAUGCACGCAAAGUGUUUGAUGAAUUGCCUGCACAAACUCUUUCCUCUUAUAAUUACUUGAUUGGUGGUUACCUCAAACGUGGGAAGGUAGAAGAAUCGUUUAGUUUGGUUCGGAGACUGGUUUUAUCUGGUGAAAAGCCUGAUAGGUAUACGUUUUCGAUGAUCUUGAGAGCCUCUACUUGUGCUGGUAUUGUUGCAUUGCCAUGUAGUUUAGGACGAGUAAUUCAUGGCCAGAUGAUUAGAAAAGACGUUGAGCCUGAUGAUGUACUUUAUACCGCGCUUGUAGACUCUUACGUUAAGAAUGGGAAGGUCCAGUAUGCGAGGACUAUGUUUGAUAUGACGUUGGAAAAGAAUGUGAUAUGUUCGACGUCCAUGAUUUCUGGAUACAUGAAUCGGGGCUCUGUGGAAGAUGCUGAAGAUAUAUUUAGGAAAACGGUUAAAAAAGAUGUGGUGUUAUUUAACGCAAUGAUUGAAGGUUACAGCAAAUCGGUUGAAUAUGCGAGGGGAUCACUUGAGGUUUAUAUUGACAUGCAACGAUUGAAUUUCCUACCUAAUCUCUCUACAUUUGCUAGUGUUAUUGGAGCUUGCUCAGUGUUGGCAUUGUUUGAAGUUGGCCAACAAGUCCCUAGUCAUCUUAUGAAGACUGGAUUGUUUUUGGACAUAAAGAUGGGCAGUGCUCUUAUUGACAUGUACUCAAAAUGCGGAAGAGUUGAGGAUGCUCAGAGAGUUUUUGACCACAUGCCCGAAAAAAAUGUGUUUUCAUGGACUUCAAUGAUCGAUGGUUAUGGGAAGAACGGAUAUCCUGACAAAGCACUUGAGCUCUUUCAUAUAAUGCAAAGAAAACACCAAAUUGAACCCAAUUUUGUAACAUUCCUCAGUGCUCUCUCAGCUUGCGGACACGCUGGGCUUGUAGACAAAGGCAUUGAGAUCUUUGAAAGCAUGGAUAGGGACUACUCAUUAAAACCAAGGAUGGAGCAUUAUGCUUGCAUGGUUGAUCUCUUGGGACGUGCAGGAAGUUUGCGUCAAGCGUGGGAGUUUGCAAUGGAGAUGCCUGAGAAGCCCAACUCCGAUGUUUGGGCAGCUCUUCUUAGUUCAAGCACACUACAUGGUGAUGUUGAGAUGGCAAAUAUAGCUGCCAAGGAACUUUUUAAAUUGAAUCCUGAUGGCCGGCCAGGGGCAUAUGUUGCAUUCUCUAAUACUUUGGCGACCGCUGGGAAAUGGGAAAGUGUAAUUGCGCUUAGAGAGAAAAUGAAGUUAAGCGGGAUAUCUAAAGACACCGCCUGCAGUUGGAUUGAUACUGAUAGUGGUUGAUGAGCUUUCGUAUGGUUGAGGACAAGUUCACUGCAAAGACUCAAGAGCACACGAUGUUCAAGCUGUAUGGAGCCUGAGGAAAAGCCUCCUAGCUCAGUUUUGAACCUGACAAACAAAUUAACGGGUGCUAACUCAGCCGGUGUCUCAUUGAGUUCGUGCAGCGGGACUGCUCCGGCUUUCGGGGAGAAUAGAAUGUUGCUCAAUUUGACAAGCCAUAACCAUGUCCAGAGGUAAUUUUCUGUGGAAAGGGGAUACUUAUUCGUGUGCAGCAAGAAUCGGAUUGCAGUCUACUGUUAAGUUAUACUUUAGCAGUCAGUAAUUCAAGUUUGUUCACUCUCAAAGCUAAACCACAGUAUGAUUUGCUGAUCACAAAUUAAAUAGUUACCUAAUUGUAAUUUUACAUUGAAACGCAUAGGGGUAAUGUUAUGGAAACCAUUUAUUUCGACUAUAUUUUGAAAACCACGUCAACUGUUGAUUAACGUGCUUAUUGUUUUAUGUUUAUUGGUGAUACAUUAUAUAAUUUGCAAAUUUGAUCUAAAAAAUUGGUUACUUAGCAUUACUCAAUAGACAAUGUGACAAUCACAACUUCUUUCACCAUCAAAAUGUCAAUUUUAAUGGGCGUCUACUAGUCAAAUACAAGUCCAACAGCUAUGGAAUUCAUGUGUAUCUUUUCAUCUGAAGCCUGGAGUUCUUCCUCUAAUUUCGUUUAUAAUUAU